AUGUCGUUGAUCUUGAUCUUUGCCUCAAUCUAUACCAAUGUUUUCCUUCAAUCAUCCCAUUUUCAUCUCAAUCUUCGUCGUCUUUAUCUCGCUUUCACUCUAACAAUCUACCCAUCAUUGCUCGGAAGAGUGUACAUCAUUUUGGUGCAAUUCAAUUGUUUACCUUUUCCAGGUCCAAUCCCACUUCGUCUCCUUUGCCUCUUCGCGACUUAUGGUCGAAUCAUCAUGAUUGUUUGGGAGGUUCUCUUUGUGUCAGCUGUUGUUAUUGAGAGAGCGGCAGCCACUUUGUGGAUUGAUUUUUAUGAAAGUAUGCAGUUCACUGAGCUCUCCACCCUUCUCGUUGUUCUCAAAAUGGCCAUCUCGUUGAUCACCAUCACUCUUAUCACUCAAUUGAUGUAUGAGUGGUAUUUCUUGAUGCUCUUCACAUUGAUGCCCGUCGUUUUACUUAUCGUCAUUCUAUCGUUUAUGCUCAUCCGUGCAAUCACCCUCUUCCACGCGUUUUGUGCGCCAUUCUGCGCUCUAUUCUUAGCAAUCCCUUUUUAUUACAUGGAUCUGAACACUGAUUCGGCACAAAUAUUGCUUAUUCUCUUUGAUCUAUCGAUUGCCGUCACGACUCUCGCCUAUUUCGUAAUCGUUUUCUUUUCCGUGGAACCGUGGAGAUUCGACUUCAUCGAGAUUCUCAGCAAUUUCUCGCGCGUGAAAGCCUUGUCACAUCUCGGGAAACGUGCCACCGUUGUCGCUCCGAUCGAUGUUGUCGGCGAGAGUGAACAGUAUUUCCAAUUUUAUGCAAAUGCUUGGAAU